AUGGACGAUCGAUUAUAUUUCAUGGGCGGGAAUUACAGCACAGUUUCCUAUGAUGGACAAGUGAUCGAGCCCAGAACGAUGAAUCGCGGUACUAAGAAGGCAGGCUCGACCUUAUAUUAUAUGGAUCUCGACAGUCAAUUCCCCGUUGAGAGCACGAUUCCCCAGUCCGCACUUCAUACCAGUGCUAUCAGCUCUGACAUCAAUGUCGCUCAUCAAAUGACUGAAUACCCAGGAUCUAACGGCGCAAUGUGGAGAACGAAUGACAGUAUGUACUUUUUUGGUGGUGGAUUCGAUACCGCCAUCGACACAGUUUCAUUCUACAAUGUUUCAUCUGGCAAAUGGAAAGAGGUCGAGGUAAGCGGUGGAAAAUUCAACUUUGGGAAUCGGUCGACUGCGCAAUCUGUCAGUGUUCCAGAAUUGGGUCUUGGGUUCAUCUUUGGUGGGAGUGGUCCUUACAUGGAAGGCAUGAUACGAUUCGAUGCAUCCGAUCCGAACAAUCUGACAUGGACGAAUGAGACUCUCGAUCAUGGAUCUCACGGCUUCAAUGUGCCAAACCUAAACGCUGGCACUCUCCUCUAUAUUCCAGCCAGUACGGAGGGAAUGCUCAUCAGCUUUGGAGGAGGAAAUGUCACCGAGGGAUUGAGCCCUGAUUCAGGCUGGCCCUAUCCUGCUGAUUGGGAUGCUGUUUACAUAUACGACAUUGCUUCUCAUACAUGGUGGAUGCAAGAGACGUCCGGUAACAGCGACCUACCCGUUGACCUAGAUAUGUUCUGUGCUGUUGCUGCGGUGUCACCCGACCACAGCGCAUUCCAUAUCUCAGUCUACGGUGGAUGGAGCUUGACAGACCAGCGCGCGUAUGAAGAUGUUCGAAUUCUUUCGAUUCCAUCUUUCCAAUGGAUAGAAGCAACCGAACUAUCAAACAAGACCAAUACAGAGCAGCAAAUUAAUUCGACUAUUGGUCGCAGUUCUAUUGGCGAAUGCCAAUUGUUUCAGGGUACACAGAUGAUCGUCCUUGGAGGCGAUGUACGCGCUGGGGCAUAUUCGCUCACAGACGGAGCAUGCAGCAACGCGUUUGAACCUGUGCGCGUUUUGGAUCUCUCGACUUAUGAGUGGCAAAAAAGCCUCAAUACCAGUGCUAGCUAUGAGGUUCCAUCAAUCAUCUACAACAAGAUCGGCGGGGGACCUGCUGGAGGAGCGACGGUUACAGUGCCUGUCUCGGGCUUUGCAGACGCUACACUAGCUUCCUUGAUACAGAAACGUGUUCCCGGAUUCGAAAUAACAACAUCGUCUCAGUCAAAUACGUCUCAAACAGCCUUGUCUCAACCAUCAACCGAGAUUUCACAUGGUAGUAAUGCCGGUGCAAUUGCCGGUGGAGUGGUUGGCGGAGUGGCUGGAUUAGCGGUGGUUAUUGCCUUAGUUUGGUACAUUUUGCUUCGGCGUAAAAGGCGUCUCCAACUUGAAGACAGUCAAACGAACCCCGGGCCAUUCGCGGAGCCUUGUGAACUAUCAGCAGAGGCGCAUGCUGAACUGGCCUCGAAAUCGGAUAUGCAUGCUGAAAUGCCGGGUUCGAACAAACCAGUUGCUGAAUUGGCUUAA